AUUUAAAAAAUUAUUAUACUCUUGCACUAGCAUACAUUAAUUAUAUACAUAGAAAUUCCUUAUUUUAUUAAUUUAUUAUUUAAAUUAAACGACAUUUCUUAAUAAAAUAGAAGUAUUGAAAAAGGCAACUAAAAUAUAGUUGAACAAUUAACGUAGUAGUUACGAACAUCCGUCAAUUGACUUCGGAGUAUUUGGUAGCUUUGUCGCGGGAUUAGUACGUGCGCGAAAUUUUAACGGUUCAAAGCAGUUUUAUAGUUGUAUAUGUUCAAAGUAUCCGUAAAGUUAUUCAAUUUUGUUUCGUGUUAUAAGUAACAGCUAAAAGAAUUCAUUUAAAUCACCAUACACUAUGAAACGUGUAACUGAACCUGUUCGUAAGAGCCUGCUGGACGUCAUCAGGAAAAACCUUCGUGCUGCUGGUUUCAUAUAUAACGCGCGUUGUGUAUAUCGGAGCAUAUAUUGGUACAGAUACGAGUAUAGAAAAGAAAAUGGAAUCUAUAAUACAGGACUUGCAAGCAGAUUAUAUGAAUAAUUCCAUCAGUGGAUUAUUUCUGAUUUAUCCGGAUUAUUACGUUCACGUAUUAGAGGCGCCAGAAGAUAUAAUUUAUAGGCAUUUCAAAGUAUUGUACAAUAACCAAACAGAGGAUUGUAAAAUAGGAAAAGCAAUUUUUCUUCCAACUUAUCAUCAUGUCCAUCAAAGAUUUUUUACGGGGUGGUAUCACGCGUAUAUAAUACCACCUACUUUGAUACAGCCGUUAAAAUCAUACGAAUUGGAUGAUAUCCAACAGCAAAUGUUAAAUUGUUUCAAUAAAGUAUAUAUGUUGUGUGAUCAUAUCUCUAAUACGCAUCACGAUCGCUCAGUUUCGAUACAAGAAGUUAUAAGAUCGUUGAGUGACAAACUUACACGACUUUACCCCGAGAGUACGUUGUUAGAAUAUUUAUUGAACGCAGAAAGCCCUGUGAUUUUAACUGUUGAAGAGUAUUUGAACAUAUAUUCCACAGUUCCAUUCAUUAACCUUUAUUCAGGUAAUAAAAUCAUUUGUAUUAAUUGUCUGUUGAUAGUUUAAGAGUAAAAUUUUUAUA